CGAUUGUUUAGCAUUGAGUGCUCUUCAUUUUUUGUGAUUUUAUUCCUCAUUUUACAAGCGAUUUUACUGUUAAAACAAUCGGAAAUAAAAGUUUUCUUGCUAAACUAUCAAAAAUUCAACGAAAAUAAUCAAGAGCGGAGCAAAAAUCUUCUGAAUUUGACGACAAACAAUUUCCGCUUUGUUGGCACACACACAAAAAAUGGCUGGAACAGUUCCCAAAAUACAAACGCCUCCUGUGGCGCAUCUCUCUGACGUGGAUCGCAUCAAAUUAGUGAAAGAUUACAACAGUCCGUCUGCGAUGAAUCGCGCACGAGCUCUAAAGGCAUUAAAGACCCCGACAAAGAACAAACGCUACUCCAUGUUUGACGUGUCGCACGAACAAGAGGAAAUUGUGACGCAGGAAGAACGCGAAGCGAUCGCCAAUAUCAAGCCAAAGACAAUUCAGGAGAUUUUCAGUAAGACGCGCAUCUACGUGGAAGUGCGUUCGGGCGAAAUGGAUCACACGGAGGGCAUUCAAAAUGUCGUUAGUCAAUUGGGAGCCACAAUUUGCAAUACAGUCGGAAAAACGACGACUCAUGUCAUCUUCAAGGAUGGCCUGAACUCGACUUAUACCAAGGCAAAAAAGAUGGGAAUUCCCAUUGUGAGCGUUUUAUGGAUCGAAGCGUGUCGAAAAAUGUUAAUUUUAGCUGAUCCAGCCAAAUAUCCCAUCAGCAACCUUGAGAGAUAUGAAAAUCCUGAACUUUUUAAAAGAGUUCGACGACCAAAAGUCAUGACGCCAAAGUUGAAUCUCACACAACCUUCACGUUUUAGCUUAUCGGCGAAGGUAACGACGCCCGUAACGACAAAAAUUGUCGAAAAAAUUGAAGUAAAGACUGAAGAAAAAUCUGACGAGGCCAAUAACACGCCAAAAAUCCCGAAAAUCGAUCGUCGGCAAACGAUUCACAUCGCAACUCCGAGACCCAUCGUGACAGAAGAAAAUCUUCCCGAAAAGACUGAAUCAAAUUUGUGGUCAAAGGCGUUGGAUAACAUCAGUCGCGUCACAGAAUUAUCCAAAAACAUCAAAACUGAGGAAAAAUCUCUAAAUCUCUUUUCUCCGGAAAUCGUUGAGAAACCUAAAAAGACAGAAAUUAACAAACGUCGCACACUUUUCACGCCCGAGCCGCUUUUCCGUGUCAAUACUCCCAAGACUGAAGUCACAAAAUCCGCAAUUGUCAAUAAACGACGAACGCUUUUCACUCCCGAUGCUCGUCCCAUCAUCAUGCCAAACAUCAGCAAAUCUGCGCCGCGUCGACGAACACUUUUGCCAACAUCGCCUCCGAAUGACGUGAUAAAAGCUAAACCAGCUCCUCUCACAAAAUCCACGUCGAAACGAAAACUCGAAGUUGAUUGCAAGGAAAACACGCCGCCUCGUCCAAAAAUUAAACCUUUUCUGACGCCAUCGGAGAAACUCGUGAUGCGAGGCAAGGAAUCGACGACGACGACGCCCGGCGUUGCUCCAACCAACAAACGACGACGAACGUUGUACAUGACACCCGAAAUUGGCAUAAAAUGUUAAUUUAUUCUGAAUUUUAGGACAAUUUGACGAAAAAAAAAUUAAAGUCAAUAGAAAAUUUUUUUUACGGUAUCUAUGAUAUCUUUUGUACAAAGUGGUCAAAAAUGUAUAAGUGUUUGUUAAGAGAGUUAAUGUUAGUUGUCACAAAGUAGUCUGCAUCUACGUUGGUCAAUUGAUCAAAUAUUUACGUUUAAUCGAUUUUUUGUCAUUCAUACUUGAAGUUAUUUAAUAAAUUGU